CGAGGCAAUGCCUUAUUGAAGACCCGAGAGCGUCGAUGAUGAUGUGGAGUUGUUGGCAGCGGAGGCUGCGACAGAACGUCCCGCAAAAAAAAAAAGGAGAAGGUCGGGGUUGUGCAGCUCUGAUGAAGAGGAUGAAGGAACGCCGGGAAACGAUGCAACAAUGAAGCUGACCUUGACCGAGAAGAUUCAAAAAGAGUUUGAUCAUUAUUUCUCAUUGAAGUUGACAAAGGAUGAGAAGCGCAGUUUUGAACUUCUCUAUUGGUGGAAAGUCAAAGGAAUGGUUGUCAGCACAACGGAUAAGCGAGUGUUGCUCCCUCCUUUGCCUAUCAUGACACGAGCAGCUCGCGCUGUUUUGUGUAUAUCACUAUUUGUUGACUCUGUUCGCGCACCACCCAUGUCCUGAGUUCAUCGGCUAUGAUGACAUGUGUCAUCUCCUUCGAUUUGCUCUCAAUGCAAAACGCCAGAAUGCUUCGCCAAAGACAACCGAGUUCAUAAACAGGGAAAAAAUUCAUCAUGUUGGUACAUGAACAAGGUGAACAUAACUUCAUUCUGACAGUUAUUUGUCAAAUUGACCAUGAGAAAAAGAUAACAACAGACGCUGUAAAGAUCAGAAAUCGAGUUCUUGGAUACAAACGUAGAAAACUGCAGUGAAAAAGGAGAAAAGUCAUCUGUUGUUGCAACAUGAUAAAUACUGUUGGGCUACUAUGGAUGCCGAAGUUUAGUGUUAUCCAGGGAAACUUGUCGUUAGCCUGCGUACUACAUUCACUUCGCGCCUAUGUUCACCUUGAUCUCUACGAUGAUGCUGUUGUGUUCAUUAUGGUCAUCACUUUAUUGCUUUUGCCGGUACUAUCAUUACUUUAAUUGGCUUGUAUGGUAGGGUGUUACUAGUGGAUGAAUUGAUUCGGGUCAGUGGAUGAAGGUGCUGCUACAUUCAACAAGUACAUUAUGAUUUGGCUGUUGCAACUAGAGUGCGAGUUUACUGCCAUCAACGUAAAGUCGGGGGCAGACUGACUGCAUAUUUCAUUUAAGUAGUUAAUCAAAUUCGUACCGUUGA